AUGAAGCUGUCAAAUGAGACGGUCACCAUUGAGCUUAAAAACGGAACGCUCGUGCACGGAACGAUCACUGGGGUGGACAUCAGCAUGAACACACACCUAAAGGCGGUCAAGAUGACCGUCAAGGGCAAGAAUCCAGUGAAUCUGGACUCGCUCAGCAUCCGUGGCAACAACAUUCGCUACUAUAUAUUGCCGGAUUCGCUGAAUCUGGACACGCUGCUGAUCGACGACACUCCGCGUGAAAAGGUGAAGGCGGGUGCUCCAGCUGGAAGCGGGCGUGGGCGUGGCCGAGGCCGUGGGCGGGGACGUGGUCGCCCGUAA